AUGUCUUCCUCCCAACAACCUCCCAGACCUCUCAGCCACCUCUCUCCCGUCCCAAUCACACAGAAUGGCCUUUCCGCUCACUACGACAACGACAACAAGCUACUCCUCCUUACAUCCCGGGCCGAUGCCGUCCACAUCACCACCGACAUCCACUUCCGCCAGAUCCAGAUCCUCGGCGGCCUCCUCUUCGUAGUCGAAGGAUGGGUCGGCCCGGUCACCCAGGGAACCGAGCCCUACACCGUGACAGACAGCUUCCCAAUUGAACUCCCCAGCCGCGUCUUCCCCUCCGGCUACGUGGUCAUCAAAGGCGCCGAAAACGCACAAUUCAAGGUCAAGAUCCAGCCCCUUUUGAAGGAUGGUGCCGGCAACAACGCCCAGACGGCCUCGACCGAGAAGGCCGACUUUGACGUCCCCAACGUCAAGCUCAUCCCCCCCACGGAGCCAAUCAUCACCAAGCUCGGCCAGAACUUCACCAUCCGCCAGUCCGACCAGUUCAACAGCCAAGGCGGCACCGUCGACGUCGCCUUCAACCAGGCCUUGCUCAAGCUCACCAACGCCCGCAUCGUAGACUCCAAGAUCGAGUGGGUCUUCUCCCCGCUACAGACCGGCAACACCCAAGUCUCCGUCUUCGUCGCGUCCAACAACCCCCCCUUCGCCUUCCGCGUCCUCCACAACGUCGAAAUCAAGCAGGCCGCCGCCACCGAGACCCUCAACCCCCUGGCCCUCUUCUCCGUCGCCUCGGCCUCCAAGGCCACAAACGACAACACCGAAGCCGAAAUCGCCCAGAGCGGAGGAUCCAAGAUUGUCAUCCCGUCCUGGGACAGCACCGUCAACGCCGGCCUCAACCUCAUCAAGAAGCAAUUCCCCUCCGCCAAGCUCCAGAGCGCCGAGGGCAGGUCCCCGACCGGCGCCGGCGUCAAGAACCCCUUUGAGCUCUCCAAGGUCAGCAUCAUCGCCCGCCUCGACGGCAACAAGACGGCCACCGUCCGCUCCCAGGGCUUCUUCGACUUUGGCCCCGUCAAAGUCGGACCCCUCCUCCUCGGCGUCGCCCCCUUUGACUGGCCCGUCAAGGUCAACUCCAACGACGCCUUCGCCAUCGUCCGCAAGGCCGGCUACCAGCAGCCCGUCGACAGUCUUUCGCUGUCCCAGCCCGUCGUCCCCACCGUCGACCAGCCUUUGUACACGCUCACUCUUGGCGACCAGACCGUUCAGCUUGGAGCUACUGAUGGCAAGAUUAUCAACUAG